AUGACCGUCUGGACGUCGGACACGGGCGAAAAGGAGAAGAAGUUUUGGAAGCGCGAAAGCGAGAGAACGGUGCGAGACGAGGAAACGGGCGAGGAGAAAACGGUGUUUACCGAGUUUGACGUCGCAAGCCAGAGACGUAUAACUGACGAAAAUGGAACGCAUCCGUCUUCGGAAUAUUUGGACGAGGAGGAAGAAAGAGAAUACGGCGUGGUGGAUCGAUACACCACGAACGGAGGGUACCAUCGUCAGCAGUUGUGGAAAAAAGUGUUCGAGGACGAGUUAGCGCCGAGCAGGAGAAAAUUGGUCGAGUUGACGCUCGAUGAACCGAUACGAGUGGAAAGAGGGAGAAGGGUUGGAAUUUACAUCCAUUCCGCGGAAAGAGGAGACCAAGGGAUCGUGUACGAUAACGUGGCCGAGUUGAGACCGAGGGCGAAGAGAGACGGGAGAGUGAUUAUACAUCCCGGCGUGGCGCAUUUGAGUUUCAAGCCGUUUGGUCGAUCCGCGCCGUGGGGUGGGAUUUCCUUGAGAAGAGGUCGACAGUUUGUCGGCAAACUCGGGUACGCCGUGAGGUGGAUGUUGUGGUCGGAAGUCAAUCACCGUUUGUUCCCCAUUGGGUAUAAACAAGCCGUGAAAGAGUUGAUUAAAGGUAAUCAGUUGGACGAGGAGUGCGCGCUUUCGAUUUUGCCGCCGGAAAUCAUGUUCGCGGUGUUGAACAAGUCCUGCGGUUGGGAUUGGUUUGGUCCGCAGAUGAGAAAAAUUAAGAAACAAGGCGCGGAUGGAAAGUCGUUGAUUCCAGAGAUUGAGUGGUCGGAAACGUGCGGGAGAGAAGGCGUGGAUCAGUCUCUCUUGAGGAGUUCGAGAAGGUUUCAACAGGGCACGGCGGGAUGGGUACAAGUCCCGCGAGAGAAGAGAGAAGAUUUCGCCCGAGCGCUCAAGAUUUUUAAGCAUCUCAUGCACGAAGAGUACGUCGUCAAGUUGGAGAAGCGGUUGGCGAUUAGCGUCUCAUCAGACGAAGACGAAGAUCUCGAAGACGACGACGACGAAAAAGAAGAAGAAGAAGAAGAAAAAUCGGAAUCGGAAUUAGACGGCGAUUACGUCAGUUCAGACGAAGCUCGCGAGCUGUCAGAAAAUGUUGAAGAACGAGAAGGGGAUGAAGACGACGACGUCGACGACGGUAAAAGAAGAACGAGAGCGUCAACGAAGGCAAAGAAAGCGAAGAAAGCGGCGCCAAAACCUCGCAGACUCACGAAAGAAGAAAAGAUUGAAAACGCGAUCGAGUCUCGGUACGCUCGCAUACACAUGUUAGACGUGCCGCUCAGAGAAUUUGUGUUACACCACACGCUCGAUAACUUGGCGAGAGAGUUGGAAACUCUCGACUUGCUCAUCGAAGAAGGCUUUUGCGAUUCAAAGGACGAGGUGGAUAGAUUUCUUACGCACGCGCAAAUGAAUCAAACUCACCAUGGGAUUCUGGAUAAUUUUCAUUCUCAUCACGGGCCCGGCGGCGGCUCGAGUCGCAAAUCGGCUUUAGAAGAACUCGUUGAAAUGAACGGCGGCCGACGCAUCGAGUUUGAAAACGGAUCGAAUAUUUCCGGCUUGUACGAUGACGACAAAGAAGACGACGGCGACGGCAACAUGAAUGAAAAGCCGUCCUCGAGAUCUAUCGUCGACGUCGAGUACGUCGCGCACGAGCGAAUGCCAGGGUCCAUCAUGCGUACAUUUGAACGAGAUUUAUCGAACGUGCACGGGAGCCACGUUUGGUACGGGAACCACGGACCGUCGCUCGGAGGACUCGGCGGCGCGUUUGAAGGCGAAGAGUAUUCGUCCUCUGAAGAAGAAGGAGAAGAAGAAGAAGAAGAAGAGUACGACGAGGAUUACGACGAGGAGGAUUACGACGAGGAUUACGACGAUACAAUUAUAGAAGAAGAAGAACUGGCUGCCGCUGCCUCGGGGGAAUUCGAUUUCAUUUAG